UUUAUGUUGAUAUUAUUAUCUUGAUAUUUUACAUGUUUGGUCGAUAAUUUUAAAAGUUACGUAAAACAUAUUAUUUUAAAUAACAAGAUGGGUCGAAAAGUAACAAUUGCAGCUUCUACUCUAAAUCAGUGGGCUUUAGAUUUUGAAGGAAAUCUAGACAGGAUUUUGCAGUCAAUUUUAGAAGCAAAAGAAGUUGGGGCUACAUUUAGAACAGGACCUGAAUUAGAAAUAAGUGGGUACAGUUGUGAGGACCAUUUCUAUGAAAGUGAUACUUUUCUGCACUCUUGGGAAGUCUUAGCAGAACUAUUAAAUGCACCAUUAUGUAAAGAUAUAUUAAUAGACGUAGGCAUGCCUAUUAUGCACAAAAAUGUUUCUUACAAUUGCAGAGUGAUAUUUUUAAAUAAAAAAAUUUUACUCAUUAGACCUAAGAAAAUUCUUGCUGAUAGUGGAAAUUAUAGAGAGAGUAGGUGGUUUACUAGUUGGAAAAAGGAAAGACAAACAGAAGACUUUUAUCUACCUCGUAUGAUCUCUAGUAUCACUAAUCAAAAUAUUGUACCAAUUGGUGACGCUGUAAUUUCUACAUUAGAUACAUGUAUAGGUUUUGAAAUAUGUGAAGAACUCUGGUGUUCAAGCAGCCCCCACAUUCCUUUAUCAUUAGAUGGUGUUGAAAUUAUAUGCAACGGUUCAGGUAGCCAUACUGAAUUAAGGAAAAACUAUGUGAUAGCCGAUUUAGUUAAGAAUGCUACUAUGAAAUGUGGAGGUUGUUAUGUAUACAGUAAUUUAAGAGGCUGUGAUGGUCAAAGAGUUUAUUUCGAUGGAGUUUCUUGUAUUACAUUGAAUGGGAAAGUUUUAAAUAGAGCUAAACAAUUUGCCUUAAGUGAAGUGGAAGUUGUAGCAUCUACUAUCGACUUAGAAGAUAUUCGUUCUUAUCGCAACAAUCGCCGAGCGAACGCACAUUUGGCUUCCUCAACACCUAGCUAUCCAAGGAUCAACGUAGAUUUUUCUCUAUCUCCCGAAUACGAUACUGGCCUUCCAUCUGCCAAUCCGAUAGAAUGGCACUUUCUUGAACCAGAAGAGGAAAUAGCUCAGGGACCAGCUUGUUGGUUGUGGGAUUAUUUAAGAAGAUCAGGACAAGGUGGUUUUUUUCCUACCCUUGAGUGGUGGUGUGGAUUCGUCAAGUACUGCCAUUAUUGUGUUUUCCAUGUCUAUCACAUGAACAUCGUUAUAGAUACUGCUGUUUCAGCUUGUGUUGAAAUAUUCACUAAAAUAACAAACAUGCUUCCACAAUUUUCGUCGAAUGGUGGCUGUGCAAGACAAAAUCUUGCUCUUCAAAAUAUUCAGGCGAGAAUUAGAAUGGUUUUGUCCUAUCUCUUCGCACAACUAAUGCUUUGGACAAGAGGACGACCCGGUGGACUUCUAGUUUUAGGAAGUGCUAAUGUUGAUGAAUCGUUAAGAGGCUAUAUGACUAAAUAUGACUGUUCCAGUGCUGAUAUUAAUCCCAUUGGAGGAAUUUCAAAGUCAGAUUUAAGGCGAUGUUACGCUAUCAACAGACACAAGAUGACAGUAAUAACUCCAUCAUAUCAUGCCGAGUCUUACAGCCCAGAAGAUAACAGGUUCGACUUGCGUCCAUUUUUGUAUAGAGCUAACUGGUCUUGGCAAUUUCGUGCUAUUGAUAAACAGGUUGCCUAUAUUGCUAGUAUGAAGAGAACGGGAUCUACAGAUUCUACACAGAGCUCAAAAAGCAAAAAAAGUGGUGAUCCUCCAAGCAGAAUUAGAGCCGGAAUAACAGUUUAAUUUUGUAAAAGCUAAAAACUUCACACGGUAUUUUAAUUUGUGUUUUAUGAUUUCACAUACGAGAUUUUAAAAUUGAAUUUUAAUAUUAUUUAAUAUGUAUACCUACUGUUUUAAAUAUGCUAAUAGUUAAAAUUUCAUUAAAUUUUUAGAUAUUCUUUUUA